UUUUUUGCUCAGAAAAAAUAUCACUGGUUGUUUGAGGUUACGAAAAAGACAAAAAAAAAAAUUAUCAACAAAUUUCUGAUGUCGUUGUUAUAAAACAUACAAAACGUCGUGCUGUUCCUACUUCCGGUUUUAUUUUGGGCGCGGACUGUUCAGAGCAAAAAUCAGGAAUCCAAAUAAGAUGUCGGCAAGUGCAGUGAUUCGCUCCCUCCCGCGCAAACUCCGUGAGCCCCCUCAGAGCUCCAUUCUCCCGCUUUCCCAAGAACAACAACAACCACAGCAUGGGGUACAACAACCACCAUCCCGCCACUCUAUGCUCAUCGAAGACGAAGUGCACGGAAUAAUCGAGCUGCCCUGUUACAUACAGGAAAUCGUAGAGCAUCCACUGUUCCAACGACUAAAGAGGGUUCAUCAAUUGGGCCUUGUACCGUGGGCGCUUGACAAAAAGGCUAAUCAAAAGCGAUAUGAUCACUGCUUGGGAACUUACAAGAGUGCCCAAGAUCACCUUAAGGCCAUCCAACGCAACUCGCGCUAUGAACCUAAGCUACCGGAUUGGUGUCGCCAGGCGGUGGAAAUAGCUGCCCUUCUUCACGACGUCGGCCACGGUCCCAUGUCCCAUUGCUGGGAAUCUGUUUGUGACUACAAAUUCGAUCACGAGAAAAAUGCACUGGCCUGUGUGGAUCGCAUCUUUAAUGAUGCCCAUAACCGAGAGCUGGUCUCUUUGAGAGAUGACGCCAGUGGCCGGGGAGUUCAAUUGAUUAAGGCUCUGAUUCUCGGCUGCAAUGAAUCUCUGACCUUCCCCAUGUUGGGUCAUAACUAUAUUUUUGAUAUUGUCCACAAUCGCCGUUGUGGAUUGGAUGUGGACAAGUGGGACUAUCUGAGACGGGACAACAAGCGUCUGAAGGUCCUUACCUCCGACGAAAUGGACUUUGAUGAUGUUUUUCUUCAGUCGCGCAUAUCGGCGGAUGGUCAACGCAUCGAGUAUCGUUAUCAAGACUAUCAUCGGAUAUAUCGUUUGUUCGAGGCAAGAUCGCGCCUCCACGUAGCAGUCUAUCAACAUCCACUUGCGUGUGCUUUGGAUGUUAUUUUUUCCAAAGCUGUGCGAAGGCUGGCUCCUGAGCUAUUGAACCUUCGAUCGGAAGCCCCAGAUUGGCUGCAACUUCAUGAUGAAAACAUUCUAAACAUCAUUAAAAUGGAUCCCGAUUCGAUUUAUAUUCAGGAACCGCAAAGAAUGGCAGAGAUAUCGGCCAGUGAGUGCUCAGAAUCGAAUGUGAUACGAGUGCAGCGAUUAAUACCUGGACCGUGGGAGGCUAUGAAAUCAGAUACGUCUUUCGCUUUCUUUGGCAAUAAGCGCAAGAAGCGCCCUAUCAAUCGAUGUGAGACACCGACCAUGAUCAACAAGUGCUAUAAGUUAGAGUAAUAAGUCUCGACCAGAGAAAACCAAGUUCAUAGAAUAGUUCUUCUUAAGGCAGUCAACCAAACGUACAUUAUUAUAUCGUUGCUAUUUUGGUUUCUAUAUUUUAUUAAAGUAUAUUUUUUGACAUUAUGGAGUCUCGUUAGGUUGCGUUAUAGAUAGUAUUGUACUACUGUUAACAUUAUGUUGUAUUAAACUAUGUUAAAAGUCGUUGAUUUCAUACGCUAUGUUGAGUUAAUAUUAUCAUUAUCAUUUCUUGUUAUUUUCCAGUCCCUUAGAAGUCAAAUAGUACAAAGAGGAAGUGUUCUUAAAAUAUUAUUUUAUUAGUUUAUACACGGUAUUAUCGUAAGCAUCUUAAGCCUAAAAUACUAAAACAAAAAUUUCAACAGUUCACUUGAAGACAUCACAAUUCAAAUUCAGGUCUUUCUAACAUUAAGUACUUACUAAUCAAUAUAAAUAUAAGAGGGAUUUGUCAUAUUUUUGAUAACCACUUUGAAAUAUACAC